UCCGGGCCGCCCGCCCCGCCACGAGCUGGCUCCGACCUGCGCGCCGCUGGCGAUGCCCCAGGCGACUCGGCGUCACGAGAACCGGCACCCCGAGACCCGGCGCCCUGCCCUCCCUCCGCGUCCCCAGGGCCCCGGCCAGGCCCAACAACCUCUCCCUCCUCCGUGCGCCUCGGCCCCUGCGGGCCUCCAGCGCGGGCUAACUAGGCCUCGCUCCGGGCCCCCGGGAAGCCGCCCCCCACCUCCCGCGAGGCCCGCAGCCCCGGGGGAAGGCGGCCGGAAAACCUCUUGUUUACCGGGCUGGAGAGGUCCCAGCCAGGAUUCGCUUCCCUGUUUCUGCGGUCACCCUUCGGCAGAUUCCUGAAGCCGGAGGAGAAAGGGUGGCAACCCACAGAUCCACCCCGGGACAGGGAGUGGGGGUGGGGCUGGAGGGAACCCGACCUCCUGGAAAGGUCCCCGGGCCGCUGGAGGGAACGGACUCGCAGUCAGAGCCAACAUGUCCCGGAGCGCAGAGACCGCGGGGGCCGAACUAAACACUGUACCUCGGGGAAGAAAACCGUGAAAACUAAUUAGGACAAGUCAGAACAGGGAACGGGGACGCGGGGAGGGGAGCGCGCGCUCCGAAUUGGGCAGAACCUGGAACCGUCGCAGGAAACCCGCGACCUUUGCCCACAGUCCGCAGUGGCUCUGGACUUGGGCCACGCGUGAGAGGAGCGCUUGGUGGCUGGAGUCCCAGAGAAGGACGGCACGCGAAAAAGACAAAUCUGGGUGUACGGUGUGUCCACGUGUGCAAGCUGGGGAGGGGUGGGGGCGCAGAAGGCGUGACAAAGACGGACUCUGUCUUGAGUGUGCGCCUCGCUCUGGCCCGCUCCCAGCGAACUGUGCCUGCAGUGUGUCUCACGGGAGGGCCAGGGCAAAAGUGACAAAGGCUAAGUGUCCGCCACCGAGAGACGCGCCAAGGUAGCCACGAGCGUGUCCGUACGCGCGCAAGCCGGGAGACGCGGUGGGGGGCGCGCAGGGCUGCACCCCCACGACGCUUGCCCCAGCGGAAGCCGAGCCCAGAAAGUGAGUGCGCGUGAGUGUGCGCGCGCCCGCGUGCGGGGGCGUGGCAGCAAACAGCAACAACCCACUCGCCUGCGGGACCAGAAACUCCAAUCUUCCUCCCCAGCCGGAAAGUGCGAGUCGGCCCAGUCUGGAGGGACCCGACCGGAGCCUGGCCUGGGAGCCAGGAUGGCCAUCCACAAAGCCUUGGUGAUGUGCCUGGGACUGCCUCUCUUCCUGUUCCCAGAGGCCCGGGCCCAGGCCCAGGGCCAUGCUCCACCGGGCUGCAGCCCAGACCUCAACCCCCUCUAUUACAACCUGUGUGACCGCUCUGGGGCAUGGGGCAUUGUCCUGGAGGCAGUGGCUGGGGCAGGCGUCGUCACCACGUUUGUGCUCACCAUCAUCCUGGUGGCCAGCCUCCCCUUUGUGCAGGAUGCCAAGAAGCGGAGCCUGCUGGGGACCCAGGUGUUCUUCCUGCUGGGGACCCUGGGCCUCUUCUGCCUCGUGUUUGCCUGCGUGGUGAAGCCCGACUUCUCCACCUGUGCCUCUCGGCGCUUCCUGUUUGGGGUCCUGUUCGCCAUCUGCUUCUCCUGUCUGGUGGCCCACGUCUUUGCCCUCAACUCCCUGGCCCGGAAGAACCAUGGGCCCCGGGGCUGGGUGAUCUUCACCGUGGCUCUGCUGCUGACCCUGGUGGAGGUCAUCAUCAACACGGAGUGGCUGAUCAUCACCCUGGUUCGGGGCAGUGGCGAGGGCGGCCCUCAGGGCAACAGCAGUGCCGACUGGGCCGUGGCCUCCCCCUGUGCCAUCGCCAACAUGGACUUUGUCAUGGCACUCAUCUAUGUCAUGCUGCUGCUGCUGGCUGCCUUCCUGGGGACCUGGCCUGCUCUGUGCGGCCGCUUCAAGCGCUGGCGUAAGCAUGGAGUCUUCGUGCUGCUUACCACGGCCACCUCCAUGGCCAUCUGGGUGGUGUGGAUUGUCAUGUAUACCUACGGCAACAGGCAGCGCAACAGUCCCACCUGGGAUGACCCCACGCUGGCCAUCGCCCUCGCCGCCAACGCCUGGGCCUUCGUCCUCUUCUAUGUCAUCCCCGAGGUCUCCCAGGUGACCAAGGCCAGCCCAGAGCAAAGCUACCAGGGGGACAUGUACCCCACCCGGGGCGUGGGCUAUGAGACCAUCCUGAAAGAGCAGAAGGGUCAGAGCAUGUUCGUGGAGAACAAGGCCUUUUCCAUGGAUGAGCCGGCGGCAGCUAAGAGGCCAGUGUCACCAUACAGCGGGUACAACGGGCAGCUGCUGACCAGUGUGUACCAGCCCACCGAGAUGGCCCUGAUGCACAAAGGCCCGUCCGAAGGAGCUUACGAUGUCAUCCUCCCACGGGCCACCGCCAACAGCCAGGUGAUGGGCAGUGCCAACUCGACCCUGCGGGCUGAAGACAUGUACUCGGCCCAGAGCCAGCAGGCGGCCGCGCCGCUGAAAGACGGCAAGAACUCUCAGGCUCAGUCCCCGCAAAGUAAAACGAGAUGGUAGAAGCCCUCUUCCCUGGAUCGCACGGCAUCCUGAUGUCCUCAUUCCUCUGUACCCAGGCGGGGCCCAGCACCUUUCCCGUCCUUGUCAUUGGAGCUGGGAGGGACCAGAGGCCACCGACCUGAAGCAGUGGACUGAGUGGGCCCCUGUGAAGCCCUGAGCAUGUGACUGGAGUGCCUAGGGCCCCUCCCUUUCCUGCCCAGCCCAUCUUCCUGGUCCCCAACUGGCUGCGGUGCAGGGUGCUGUCCCCCAGGCCGCCUCCAUCUCCCCUCUUGACGCCCUCCCCGAAUCAUAGCCCCUGUGUCCCUGAGCUGUGGUUCUCCAGAUGGCCAUCCUCCCCAUUGUGAAAGGCAGUCCUCAGUGCCCCAUCGUGACUCUGGGCCUUCCUGGCCCUGCCAUCUUGGUGUCUGGCAUUAGCUUGUCCUCUGCCUAGAUGGAUCUCCUCCAUGAGUCUUUGGCAACAAGCCGGGGCAGAAGUUGGCCCCUGCCCUUCUCACCAGGGCCUCCUGCCACCACCUGGACUGUGGAAGGCCACUGAGAUGGGGGCGGAGCUCAGCCCAAGGCCUGGGCACACUGCUGCUCUCCGCAGCCUGUAGGUCCCAGAUCUGAGUCCCUGGAGUGUUUCACUCGAGAGCUCCUUAGCCAUCCACUUCUUCCAUCACCAGCAAGCCAGGCCAGCCCUGCCUGCACUCUGCCCCCACUGCCCCUUGCCCUCUGGGACGAGGAUGGCCACGCUGGGAAGAGGCAGCUCUCUCCAUCCAGCACUACCUCAUGGAGAGCUCACUAAGGAUUUGGGAAUGGCAGGCCACUCUGGCAACCGGGUUCAAGGUGGCUCCUGUGGCAGGAACAGGUGUCAAUGGGCCUGAUUCCCGGGAUCUCACGGGUUCUGGGAAUGCAGCAGGGGCCUCCUGUGGCUAUUCCAACAUCUCUGGUCAGGGCCUAGAAGCACCCUUAGGACAUGCGGGGUCGGGUUCAGGGCUGCCUUCUCAGGGACCAGUGGAGAGCCCUGGACCAGAUGAACUGGAGUCUAGGCCUCUCCUGUGACUGGGACUUGGAUGUGGGGAGGCCCGUGAGAUCCAGGUCUAAAGAUUCUAUUUCCUGAUGGGCAGAUAUGUGAGUGGCAUCCUCAGGUAAGUGGGACCCAGGACUAAAGACUGUGCUCUUUCCUGA